UCGAGAAUUCCCCAAAUCGCUUCCUUCUUCAUUUUCCCAAUACCCUUCUUCUAUUUUGUCUCCAAUUGCAGGAAUUCAAGGACUUUUGGGGGGAAUAUUUCUUGAAAAACAAAGAAUCUGCAAAAAUUCAGUCUUGUUUGUGAUCUUCACUGAUUUUUCUGCGCAAAUGGGUGCUUCAGGGAAGUGGCUAAAAUCAUUGAUCGGUCUAAAAAAGGCUUCUGCGAAUGAACUCGAAAAGGAGGGUGGUAAAGGAAGGAAGUGGAGGCUAUGGAGGAGUGGAUCGGGUGGUAUAGUCAUAGGUAAGGGCAGAAGAGGUAGCGGUAAUGGGUCGGAAGCCGAGGGAUCAGAGGUCUCUUCUUAUGCUUUCGACACUGAAAUGGCAGCCGCGGUGGCUGCUUUGGCCAAGGCUUCACCUAAGGAUUUCAUGGUGGUUCGUCGGGAGUGGGCUGCUGUCCGGAUUCAGACUGUUUUUCGUGCUUUUCUGGCACGGCGCGCUUUGAGGGCCUUGAAGGCGUUGGUGCGACUUCAAGCUAUAGUGCGUGGAAGGUUGGUUAGAAAGCAAGCUGCGGUGACUCUAAGGUGCAUGCAGGCUCUUGUUCGUGUUCAAGCUCGAGUAAGAGCUCACUGCACUCAAUCUCCCAGUGGAGAGCUUUCAGACAAAGAGAGCCAAGUCGACCCUAAGAAGCUUGUUGAGAGCGGAUGGUGUGACAGUGUUGGCACGGUUGAUGAAGUGAUGUCGAAACUGCAAAUGAAGCAAGAAGGAGCCAUGAAGAGAGAGAGGGCUCUUGCCUAUGCUCUUUACCAGCAGCAACUGAGGCGAAGCCCCAACACAGGCUCGAGAGGGAACAAGAUGGGCAUGGCCACACCGGCUAGGUUAGAAAAGUCAGGUACAGGACUCAACUGGCUCGAACGUUGGAUGGCAACGAAGCCAUGGGAGUCGAGGCUGAUGGAGGAGUUCCAAAGCGAGGCCUCCGAGCUACACCCAGCUUCCGUGAAGCACGAGGCCUAUGGGGCUGGAUCCUUCUCUAGCACCGCAUCCGACUACGACCCUGUCCGAACAAGGCGCAACAACACUAGAACGCCCUCGAAGGUGCCUAUGAGUUGCCAGAUCCUACGCUCGUCCUCAGAUCCGUGCUCAGACUCCAUGUACGACGAGACCACCACUACUUCAAACUCGUCCACGGCAACCUCAGAAACGCCCGGAUCGGGCGAGACAUCAACGGAAUCCAAGCCUCACUACAUGAGCCUGACAAGAGCUACCAAGGCAAAGCAGAGGCCUUGUGCAUAUGGUUCCAAUGCAAAUGCUCACUCUCUGCACCGGCAUUCGGUCGAGGAUCUGCCCCGCCGGAGGAAGCCGAGCCCCCUCUCUAAAGGGAACGCAAGGAGGAGCGCCGACACAGACUUAUACUCCGUUGAUAUGUGCAAGGAUCUAUAUCCUCCGGCCUACUACGCGUGAGCAUUGCCCGGUCCCUAAAUUUCUUCAACAUCUUGUUGCUUCGUGUGUCGUAUGUAUACAGUGAGCUUGAAUACAUUCUGCAAAAUACUGAGUUAUCAAACAAUAUCGAUAUAGCUUGUGGAUUUGUUGUUAUAGCAGCAGAUGCUUAUGGCUCAACACUGCAAAAUAUGCUGUGUUUUUUUGUUUCUGCUGGUAUAAAUAUUGGACUGCUUCUGUUUAAACGUUUUCUUCAUAAUCA